AGGUCAAAAAGUCAAAAACACUACAGGUCUGUAUGAUGGAUUUUGAUAGCAAAGCUGGUCCCUCAAAAAAAUGGCGAUUCGGACUACGAAGAAACUUUGCUGAAAUGGGCGGCUGAUGUGGAUGAGGAAAAUGAAAACGACAGUGAUAUUGAUUCAGAUGCCGAAUUCAUUUACAGUGAUCAUGAGAGCGUUCGGAACAGGAUAUGGACAGAGAUUGUGAAAUUCUUCCUACUAAAGAAGAUG